ACAGAAUCGAGAGCUAGCGAGAUGCGCGGUAAAUAUGUAGCACCAAGCCUGUGCUGUGCGGCACAGCUGACUCAUAUAUAUGAUACCGGUGGGGUGCGUAAUCAUUGGACUCGUCUCGACUCUUUUGUUUUGUACUCUGUCACAUUUAUCACAUCAAAACCAUGAAACUGUAUAAUAGAGAAUGCAGAAAAAGGGACAGAAAGUAUCUUGGAUGGGCAAACCUUUCUCUAUAUUCACUGACAUGUGUAUUUUUAAUCAGCGGACCGAGUCUGGCAAAUUGUUCGGAACUAACAAGUGGGGAACAGUUGUACGAUCUGAAGCUCCUUAAAGAAUAUGAAGAUUAUGGAAAUAUCGCCCUCUUCAGAUUUCGAUUACCCAUGCUUGUGACAUAUGCUAAGUGGUAUGUCAAUAAAAUAAUUAGCCACCCGGAAUGUGAUGAUUUAGAUGUCAAUGUAGUGAUAGAAGCCGGUAGUCUUCCAGUCAUUAACCCGUACAACACCAGCUUCCCUGAGAACACAGCCAUACCUCCCAGUGGUGAAUCUCGCGCUUUCAAAAUUCCAAAGGAAAGUACCUCUCUCAUCCUGGAAUCUUCUAGGGUUCGUCCGGGAGACUGGUUCAUAGCAGUCUACAGAAAGAAAGAGGAUGACAGGAUAAAACAACAGGGCUUGUCCUACACAUGUCACUACCUAGCCAAUGCUAUGAUGAUCUAUGAGAGGCUGACCCACGUAGAAACACUAGGAAGUACAGGCAGCAUGGCAGUCACUCUAGAUGAAGGCUCAAAGAAUGUCUUAUACAAGUUCUUUGUAGAAUCCAACAUGGCAGCCGUAUCCUUCAACAUCGACUCAUGUUCGGCGUGGUCGUCCAACAAGACUCUCAAAGAGCACUGUCCGGUUGAGAUGUUUGUCCAGUCGGACAGGCUUCCGGACCAUGAGUCUCCAUCCACGCUGUGCCUGCAUGACCCUGGUGUGUUCACCGGAUGUUCUCUCGAUGUCUCUCCCGCCCUGAGGGAUACAUGGUACUACCUCAACGUCACCAAAUUUUCGGACGACACGCACCUUAAAGUGAUUAUCGACAUCACUGUCAAUGCCACAAUUUGUCAAGACCAGUUAUCAGGGUCAAGAGCAGUUGAGCCACCGCCUCCCGCUUCUUCAGAGGCAAGUGCAGAAUUCUCUUCAUCCCUUCUCGCGAAUCCUGUCAACUUCAGCUCAAUCCUUGAAACUACAACCAUCGUUGACCUUGACAAUGUUCUUCAAACCAAUGCCCUUCAAAGCACCCUUCAGACUGAAAUCCUUGGCAACGCCACAACCGCUUCACCUACCCCUACUGCGAUACCGACAACCACUGUGCCUUUGACCACUCCUGUACCGGGUGACACCACCCUUUGUCCUGCGGUUGAUCCUCUGUCUGUAAAUUACUACAAUGGAAGUGUAACUAAGGAGUUCUUCAGUACCCAGACUAAUCUUACCGACAUGCUCUACUAUCCAAGUCUUGGGAGUCCCUUUGUUGCUUCCUUCAAACUUGACGUUGAUGAUAUCGGUGGAUCUGUCUUGCUUUAUUCCCAUAUCAUUGAUAUGCCUUCUAUUGCCCAAAAUGUCACAUCCACAAUAUGCUUGAAGAGAGAUGCACCCCCAUUCUGGAAUGGAACAUCCCUUGGCUGUGAUGAGCACAUGACGAUGUCAGACGACCUCGAUGCCAAUUCCGUUGCGUCGUUCUACUAUCCGUUCCCAUCGGCUGGUACAUGGUAUGCUGCUCAGUAUGCAACAUGUACACAGAUGGAAAGUUUAUCAGAAGUGCCAGUUCCUUGCCAUGCCAACUUGAGUAUUGAGAUGAGGGUCUUGAUGACGGCUUGCGUUGCUAACUGUGGACAUCAUGGUCGCUGUAAACUUCAUCUCCAAGAUGGGAUCGAGUUCUAUGCCUGUGAUUGUUCUGAUGGUUAUACAGGAUGGGCUUGUACAGAGGAUAUUGGAUCCUCCUCAAACUUCCUGAUCCAAGUCCUCUUUGUAACCCUUAGCAACAUAGUGUUCCUCUUUGAUGCCAUCCUCUGUCUGUACAGGCAUCACUUCCCUGUUGCUGUUUCAUUCCUUGCUACAUGCUUCUUCUCAACAAUGUACCAUGCCUGUGACUCGAGUCCAGUUUGCAUCACAGAUUACGACACCUUGCAAUUCUGUGAUUUCUUUACUUCCUUUAUGUCUAUACUUCUUAUACUGAUCGCUAUGGCAAGGCCACCGCAUUCAUUCAAAGCUACUCUACAUAUUCUAGGAGUAUAUGUUUUAGCAUUCUUUGCUCAGUGGGAUAGGUUUAGUCUAUGGUCGAUAGCAAUACCAUUAGGAUCUGGUGUCCUCAUACUUGCUAUAUCUUGGGGUGUAAGAAUGUACAAGCGCCGGAAGCUGUACCCCAGCUGGAGACGGUGGCUCUUCUUCAUCAUCCCUGGGACCCUGCUAGCCAUUCUUGGGCUGACCAUCAACGCGACCCUCGAGACUGAGAGCAACUACUACAUUGUUCAUAGCACCUGGCAUAUAUGCAUGGGACUGGGGUCGCUGCUAUUGCUUCCGCCAAGAGAGAAACCAUCCUCUAAGCCCAGAGAAUCAGAAAGUGAGAGACUGAUAAUGGUCUUAGACAAUAACACAACCACUCCUGAUGAAGAUGACCUUGGUGUCAACAUGUACUGAAUGGUGUUUGCAAAGUUAAGCAUGGAUCAUUGCACAAAGCCAUGGUAUACAUUUUGUAUAAAUGCUAUUUUGGUUGCUUGUUUUUUUGUUUGUUUAAUAAUAAUAAUAAUAAUGGAUAUUUAGAGGCGCUAAAAACAAAAAGUACCAUAGACUCAAGUUGCAUUGGCUUUGCCUAUUAUACUCAAAUAAUAAUAAUUAUACUUGCUUACAUGUAAAUAGUGCUUAUCACUUACUUUAUCAGAAAUCUCUAAGCGCUCUGCAGCAAUGCAGCAUAAUUACCUUGGCUUUAGCAGAGUAGCAGUUAGGCACACUGUGUUUCAAGGAAUAAAUUCCCACCAGGUACCCAUUCACCUCACCUGGGUUGAGUGCAGCACAAUGUGGGUAACUUCUUGCUGAAGGAAAACACGCCAUGUCUUGAACUCAAACCCACGUCCCUCAGAUUGAAAGACGAGAGUCAUAACCACUAGACCAUGACGCCCCUUCUACCCUAUAUACUCAUGAUGGAAUUUGUAGUUAGGCCCUGUUGCUCUUCGCUGAAAUAUGCAAUAAUGUAACAGUCCAUUUCCCUAAAACCCAGGCCUCGAUCAGAACUGCACGAUAUUUGCAUUGUCUAUUUGAGUUGCUGUAUACUUGUACCUUGGCCCCUUUUCAUUAAAAUGUGUGACAUGUAGUAAAAAUAUAGAAAUUUUCUACUGCUUUGAUCCACUUUUAAGAGAACAUAGCAUAUUUAGUAUCCCCCCCCCCCUCAAUGAUUAGCUUGUAUAAUUUGCUUUGGUUAACAGUUUUACUAAUCCAUUAUAAUUCAAAAGUACAUUUCAUAGAUUCACUCUUUUCUGUUUCCUGCAUUUUGAUCAUUUUGUUGUCUUUCUAUAUGCUUGGCUUGGCAUAUAAUCAACAUUGCUCUUUGGUUGAUUCUACUCUGUACAGUGUGAUAUGGGCCCGUAUUCUGAAGUCAGGUUUAACUUAGACCAUGGUCUAACUCUGUGCUAAAAUUAUGGAAAGCCAAUAAUGUCAAAAUUUUACAUACAUUGUAUGUUUUUUGUGUUUACUUUGCUCUUUAAUUUGUGAAUGGUGAAGAAAACUGUCUUAAUUAUCCUUCUGAAACAGUUCAGAAUGAUUUUAAAGAAAAAUGAGCUGAUACAUUGAAAUUCUACUGUAAGAUGUUUAUGCCACUAUUGGCUCUCCAUAGUUAAACCACAACUUUAAACCAGAGUUUGAAUUAUACCCAACUUCAGAAUACGGGCCAUGGAGUUUAAAUAGACCCAUUUGAUUAAAAGAUUUUUCUUUUAAAUACCCGUAUGUUUCUUUUCAAUUCUUUACAGGAUAUUUCAUUCCUGGAUUGGAAUCUCUCCUUCCUAAAUGUUCAGACAUAUUUGUUUCUUUUUGUCUUAACUUACAUGGCAUUUAUCAUUCAGUUAAGAAUAUUCACGCCUGUCUUAAAACCUUGAUCUUGUGCUUAUGUAGCCUACUUACAUGUAUCAGCUGUAUCUGUGUUACUGUGUAAUUGCAAAUUAGUUCUGUAGUGCUUUGAACUGUUAAAUUUGCUUUUUACAAAUUAUACCAAAAAUCAAAAGCAAAUGGGCCAUUAUGAUUUCAUCUUUUAUAUAGUAGUUCUCUUCUGCACAUUUUCAGAAUUUAACUGAAUUAAUAUAUAAAAUGCUAUGGAGUUUGUAACAGAAGGGGAUAGAGAUGUUUCUGGAGGAAAAUGAAAUAGCAAUGUAAAAAAAAAAUGUUUACUGCCAUAUGGCCAUUUCUUUAUUUUGCCAAGAGAAUGAAUCAAUUGAUAAUUUUUGUCAGAAUGUAAAUGUUGUACUGAGAAAAGACGUACAUGAGCUAUUUCAAAUAUAUGUAAGUAAGAAAUAGUUUACUUGAUGAGAAUUUACUCGUACAAGUAAAAGUAGGCUUUUGGAGGCAAUGAUAUUCUCGAGGUAUGUCAGUCAUUUUAAUAGCUGAUGAUACAAAUAUUCUAGUGACACCAACAAGAUUAUAAUUGGAAAAUGAUAUAUAACCAUUUUUAGAUGGCACAAUGGCAAAUUAAGCGCUGUAACGAUAUAUCCGUGUAUCCAACUUGAGGCUAUUCAUGAAAAUAUUUCAUUUUUGAGGACUACAUUUUCAUAAUUUAUCAUGUGUAGGGCUAUAUUUCAGUUUGAAGUCACCAUCUUAGUUCAUGUUUUGAUUGUUACACAUCAAAAUUUUAAGAUUUUGUUUACCAGGGCCCAUUGCAUAAAAGUUACCAUUAUGGUAACUUUGCCAUCCAGUGGUAACUUGCAUGGAAUCUUUGAUUUUGAUUGGCUGUUGAUCAGCGUUACCAUGGUAGUCACCAUUAGAUGGUAACUUUUAAUGUUAAUUAAUGGUUACUUUUAUGCAACAGGGCCAAGCAAGUGGAUCUUUUCUAAUCAAUUUUAAUUGAAGAUUAUAUUCGAUGAGUUAUUUAGGUGUGCGUUUGUUAGAUUCUUUUUCCAAGUCAUUUUUCAAGAGUCUUAUUCAAUAGGACUUUCUCAUACACUGUAGUUGUGCAAUAGAAUAAUUAUAAACUGGUAUAUAUUUUUGUCAAAAUGGAGAUUAUAUAUGCUGCUACUUUAUACUUCAUCAUGUCAUGAUAUAUACAACUGCUAAAUAGAAAUUCCAUAGCAAUUUCUUGCAAGAUCAUUGUAUAUUUUGAAUGAAUUUAUUUGAUGGUGAUCUUAUUUUUCAGAAAAUUACCAUAUCAUGAAAGGAAAUCUUUUUGUUGCUUUCCCUAGUCUAGAAUUUAGCUGUUAAAGAAAUUAUUUGUAUGCAAUGUAAAAGGGUAAAAUGCUGUUUUUGUUUUAUUUCAUGCUAUUGAUAUAAAGUAAACCAUAAGGUGCUCUUGAACGCCUUGACCAUUUGGACCAAUAUGCUAUUAAAAACGCUCAUGGGGGGGGGGGGUCACAAAGAUGUAAGUGUGACUUAGGGUCAUGAUUAAUUGUUGACGCAUACAGGAUGUGUAACACGCAAUGUUAUUGAUAAGUACUCUGUAUUGUGCGUCCUCUUAGCGUAAUUUGACUAAUGCGGUGGUGCAUUGUAUACUGCACGCAACUGGGAAUUUAAGUGCAACUUUAAGUCACACUUAAUCUUUGUGAAACCCCCCACCCCAGGAUUACUAUGGCUGCAUUCUGGUCAAGAUGCUCACUAUUAAAAUCAUUGAUUGAGUUGAAUAUUCAAUUCAUUCAAUUUCACAGAGAUCUUCUCAAUAAUUAAUAUCAUUAUUGUAUAUAAAAAGAUGAAAUAAGUGAUUCUGCUAUAUAUAUCCUUUAUUGGCAUUUGUUACAUCAGUAUCGUUGGUUUUCUUUCUUCACUUUCUUUCUGUUCCCAAUCUGUUCUCUCUUCCUCUCCUUUUCCCGCUCAAGACGUCUCUCUCUUUUCCCUUUAGAGGUAAAACCUCUGUGUGUGAAGUACUAAGUUCAAUGAAGAGAAAAAAAGAGAGAAUUGACAAUUAUCAUGUAAAUUAGUUCUCGGUUUCAUAGAUAAGCUUAAAAAAGAUUGAUUAGUGUUUGUAAUUUUUGCCAACUUCCGAUGAGAAGAACAACACAAACAGCAAAUAUUCUUGUUCGUGCAAUGGUACAACAAUUCACAUUUUGUGAAAGAUAGAGUAUCUUUCUUUUACCAAAUCCUGUACCAUAACACAUGUAUACCUAUUCGCUAUUUGUAUACUGUUAUGUCGUCUAACAAUCACAUGAAAUGUAAUGUCUGUAUAUAUUGUUUUAUAAAAUGCAAAGAGUAAAAUGAACAAAAGUAUUUUUGUUUAUAUAUAUGGUAUUGAAUUUGAUUAUUAUUUACAAAUGAUCCUUGGUAUUAAAUGAGCAAUUAUAUGUGUAGCUGCCUCAAGAAUAAUAAAAAUGAAUACACAAUUUAUCAUAU